AUCCAUAGAAAUAUAAAGUUAUGAAACUUGCAAUAUUUUUUCCAUUCAGCGUUGACGUACAAUGAAUACUAUUUACUUGCGGAAAAAUAGACUUUAUUCACUUAAACGUUUAACGUACGUACACUUAAAAUGCCAAAUAACAGAGAAAUUAAAAAAACAUAAAAACUAAAAAUUGGCAGGACAUUGGAAUCCAGGAGGUGGAGACUUGCCACAAUCAACCAAAGCUUGAAGAGCAAUUGGAAGAAUGAGAUUAAUGUUCAAAAGUUUUACCCUUAUUGUAGUACAAAGGCAUACUGCAGCAUCCAAACCAGUAAGCCCGCCUAACAAAGGACAACAAGCAUUCUUAGCACGUCCUCCUAAUCCAAUGUGUAUUAGUCCUCCUAGCACGUCAACACACCCACCCAGCUUCAACGCAUUAAUGGGGCAUGUUGGUUGUUUUGGUGGCGAAGGCGGGGAUGGGAUGGGUGUUCCGGGAGGACAAACUGUUCCUGGAGGAGUAGGUGACGGAGUUGGUGGAGUAGGGGUCACAACCGGGGGUGUCAUGGGUGGGGUCACAACUGGGGGUGUCAUGGGUGGGGUCAUUGGAGGUGUUGUGGGUGGGGUAACAACCGGGGGUGUUGAGGGUGGGGUAACAAUUGGAGGUUUUGUAGGUGGAGUCACAACUGGAGGUGUUGAUGGGGGGCUUACAACCGGAGGUGUUGAUGGGGGGCUCACAACCGGAGGUGUUGAAGGUGGGGUCACAACCGGGGGUGUUGAAGGUGGGGUCACAACUGGAGGUGUUGAUGGUGGGCUUACAACCGGGGGUUUUGUAGGUGGCGUCACAACUGGAGGUGUUGAUGGUGGGGGUUUAGUGGGUGGGGUUACAACUGGAGGCGUUGAUGGUGGAGUAACAAUCGGGGGUUUUGUUGGUGGGGUGAUAAUUGGAGGUGUUGAUGGUGGUGUCACAACUGGCGGUGUUGAUGGUGGGGGUUUUGUAGGUGGAGUCACAACCGGAGGUGUUGAUGGAGGAGGUUUUGUAGGUGGGGUUACAAUUGGAGGUGUUGAUGGUGGGGUUACAACCGGGGGCUUUGUUGGUGGUGUCAGAACUGGAGGUGAGGAUGGUGGUGGUUUUGUGGGUGGGGUCACAACUGGAGGUGUUGAUGGUGGUGGUUUUGUAGGUGGGGUCACAACUGGAGGUGUUGAUGGUGGCGGUUUUAUUGGUGGGGUCACAACUGGAGGUGUUGAAGGUGGAGUCACAACCGGGGGUUUUGUUGGUGGGGUCACAACUGGAGGUGUUGAUGGUGGGCUUACAACCGGGGGUUUUGUUGGUGGUGUCACAACUGGAGGUGUUGAUGGUGGGGGUUUAGUGGGUGGGGUUACAACUGGAGGCGUUGAUGGUGGAGUAACAACCGGGGGUUUUGUUGGUGGGGUGACAACUGGAGGUGUGGAUGGUGGUGUCACAACUGGUGGUGUUGAUGGUGGAGUCACAACCGGAGGUGUUGAUGGAGGAGGUUUUGUGGGUGGGGUUACAACUGGAGGUGUUGAUGGUGGGGUUACAACCGGGGGUUUUGUUGGUGGGGUCACAACUGGAGGUGUUGAUGGUGGUGGUUUUGUAGGUGGAGUCACAACUGGAGGUGUUGAUGGUGGUGGUUUUGUGGGUGGGUUCACAACUGGAGGUGUUGAUGGUGGUGGUUUUGUAGGUGGGGUCACAACUGGAGGUAUGGAUGGUGGUGGUUUUGUGGGUGGGGUCACAACUGGAGGUGUUGAUGGUGGCGGUUUUGUUGGUGGGGUCACAACUGGGGGUGUUGAAGGUGGGGUCACAACCGGAGGUUUUGUUGGUGGGGUCACAAUUGGUGGUGUUGAUGGUGGGCUUACAACCGGGGGUUUUGUAGGUGGUGUCACAACUGGUGGUGUUGAUGGCGGGGGUUUAGUGGGUGGGGUUACAACCGGAGGCGUUGAUGGUGGAGUAACAACCGGGGGUUUUGUUGGUGGGGUGACAACUGGAGGUGUGGAUGGUGGUGUCACAACUGGUGGUGUUGAUGGUGGGGGUUUAGUCGGUGGAGUCACAACAGGAGGUGUUGAUGGAGGAGGUUUUGUGGGUGGGGUUACAACUGGAGGUGUUGAUGGUGGGGUUACAACCGGGGGUUUUGUUGGUGGUGUCACAACUGGAGGUGUGGAUGGUGGUGGUUUUGUUGGUGGGGUCACAACUGGAGGUGUGGAUGGUGGUGGUUUUGUGGGUGGGGUCACAACUGGAGGUGUUGAUGGUGGAGGUAUAGUGGGUGGGGUUACAACUGGAGGCAUUGAUGGUGGAGUAAGAACUGGGGGUUUUGUUGGUGGGGUGACAACUGGAGGUGUGUAUGGUGGUGUCACAACUGGUGGUGUUGAUGGUGGGGGUUUUGUAGGUGGAGUCACAACCGGUGGUGUUGAUGGAGGAGGUUUUGUGGGUGGGGUUACAACUGGAGGUGUUGAUGGUGGGGUUACAACCGGGGGUUUUGUUGGUGGUGUCACAACUGGAGGUGUGGAUGGUGGUGGUUUUGUAGGUGGAGUCACAACUGGAGGUGUUGAUGGUGGCGGUUUUGUUGGUGGGGUUACAACUGGAGGUGUUGAUGGUGGAGGUUUUGUUGGCGGGAUCACAACUGGAGGUGUUGAUGGUGGCGGUUUUGUUGGUGGGGUCACAACUGGAGGUGUUGAUGGUGGUGGUUUUGUGGGUGGGGUCACAACUGGAGGUGUUGAUGGUGGAGGUUUUGUUGGUGGGGUUACAACUGGAGGUGUUGAUGGUGGAGUUACAACCGGAGGUUUUGUUGGCGGGGUCACAACUGGAGGUGUUGAUGGUGGGGUUACAACUGGAGGUGUUGAUGGUGGGGUUACAACUGGAGGUUUUGUAGGUGGGGUCACAAUUGGAGGUGUUGAUGGUGGGCUUACAACCGGUGGUUUUGUAGGUGGUGUCACAACUGGAGGUGUUGAUGGAGGUGGUUUUGUGGGCGGGGUCACAACUGGAGGCGUUGAUGGUGGGCUUACAACAGGAGGUGUGGAUGGUGGGUUUACAACUGGAGGUGUUGAUGGUGGGGGUUUCGUUGGUGGAGUCACAACUGGAGGUGUUGAUGGUGGGGUCACAACUGGAGGCGUUGAUGGUGGUGGUUUUGUGGGUGGGGUCACAACUGGAGGCGUUGAUGGUGGGCUUACAACUGGAGGUUUUGUAGGUGGUGUUACGAUUGGAGGUGUUGUUGGUGGGCUUACAAUAGGGGGUUUUGUGGGAGGGGUCACAACCGGAGGUGUAUAAGGUGGGCUAACAACCGGUGGUUUUGGUGGACCGACUACAGGGGGUGUUGUGGGUGGAGCCACGACUGGAGGUGUUGAAGGUGGAGUCACCACUGGAGGUGUGGAAGGUGGACUUACAAUCGGGGGUGUUGUGGGAGGGGUCACGACUGGAGGUGUUGAAGGUGGGGUCACCACUGGAGGUGUGGAAGGUGGACUUACAAUCGGGGGUGUUGUGGGUGGGGUUACUACUGGAGGUGUUGUAGGUGGACUUACAACUGGGGGUGUUGUCGGUGGAGUCACAACUGGAGGUGUUGAAGGUGGGCUAACAACCGGGGGCUUUGGUGGACUUACAACUGGAGGUGUUGUGGGUGGGGUGACAAUUGGAGGUGUUGAAGGUGGGGUUACAACCGGCGGUGUUGAGGGAGGGGUCACCACUGGAGGUGUUGAAGGUGGGCUAACAACCGGAGGUUUUGGUGGACUAACAAUCGGGGGUGUUGGAGGUGGUUUAGGUGGGUGAUGGGGUGGUUUAUGUGGGUGAUGAGGUGGUUUUGUGGGUGGUGUUUUAGGUGGCUUGUAAGGAUGAUGAUGGGGAGGUGGUUUUUCUGGUGAUUUUGGGGGAGUAUGAGGUGGUUUAUGGGGUGGAUGAUGAGGGUGUUUGUGAUGAUGGCUUGGCGGCUUAGUGUGUGGAGGACUUUCCGUGGGUGGACAAUAUGCUUUGGGUGGCUGCGUAGGAGGAAGGGAAUGGGAACUAGAAAUUGCUAAGGAAGUGAAAACAGUAGCAAGAAGUAGGCAAAGAGUAGCCACAUUAUGUGCCCCCAUUUUUUUGGAAAGUAGAGAGUAUAGAAUAGUCCCAAAGAUGGACCUAACAUGACCAAUGAGUCAUAGACCUUCUUAUAGGCAAAUCCAACGAAGGGAAAUCCAACGUCAAGAUAAGUCACAAUAAUGAAUGUGAAUGUGAGAAAUAGCUAGAUGUUAAAGAUAUGUAAGUUACAGCCUAAUUACAUAAUCACGUACAUAGAGACAAGUAGUAGUAGUAGUAGUAGUAGUAGUAGAUAUUAUUAGGGUAUUUCUAUAGUGUAUGGACAUUAUGGUGUUUUUAUUGUUUUAGCCUUUUAGGUCUUGUAUAUGCAUGUAUUUUGUUGGGGAUCUCCA